CUCGCUGUAUCUUACUUAUUUAGUAUCUUUAUAUCAACACUAGGUACGUUAAUGUUGAUAACGCACCUAUCAACAGUUUUAGUGUACGAAUACAUGUUUCCUUCAAAACACGUUUCUUUUCAUUCGUUCGCAUUUGUUUUUUAUUAACAACAUCAUAUUUCAAGAUGGCCGCCAAUACCAAAGCUAUUUUCAUUAUUGGCGCGAAACGGACGCCAUUUUGCAGUUAUGGCGGCCCUCUACGGGAGUCGCCAGCUUCGCAUGUGUUUGCAGCUGCGGCAAAGGAAGCCAUCAGUUCAGCCAACGUAGACCCUUCUCUUAUCGACAACACCAUCGUAGGAAAUGUUAAUUUUUUAAGUCAAUGCGAUGGCGGUAAAACUCCCAGGUAUUGUGGUAUAUACUCGGGCGUACCUAUUAGCAGUCCCGCGUUGGGCGUCAGUAAGGCUUGCGGCACUGGUUUGCAGGCUAUCAUUCAGAGCGCUUUGGACAUAACAACAGGAAACUCAAAGAUCACUCUAACAGGCGGCACAGAUCUAAUGUCCUCAUUACCGAUGCUGGUAAGAAAUGUUCGCUUUGGAACUGCACUGGGUGCCUCCUACAAGUUUGAAGACCAAAUACAGAAGCAAAUACCAGAUACACACAUUGGAGUGACGAUGCAGAAGAUGGUAGACAACCUGGCCAAGAAGUUUAAAAUUACAAGAGAGGACGUUGAUGAGUUCGCUUUGCAGAGCCAUUUGAAAUGGAAAAAGGCUGACGAAUCAAAAGUAUUUGACCGGGAGCUAACCAGCAUAGUAGCAACCAUCAAGAAGAAGCAAAUUCUAGUAGACAGAGACCAGCUUCCGCAGCCGUCGAUACAGACUGAGGAUCUGAGACAACUACCAGCUUUGAUAGAAGAUGGAGAAGUUUUGACUUCUGGUAAUACUUCUGCACCAGCAGAUGGAGCAGCAGCUCUCCUCAUAGCUCAUGAAGAAGCAGUGCGAGGACAUGACCUGCGGCCAUUAGCAAGGAUAGUGGGGUGGACCUGUGUAGGAGUAGAUCCUAUGGAAGCUGGCAUAGGAGGAGCUCGUGCUGUCCAGAAACUUCUAGAACGACAGAAUCUGAGAGUUGAUGAUGUAGAUCUUUUUGAGAUAAACGAAAAUUUCGCGUCUCAAGCCUUAAUUGCCAUUAAGGAGCUGAAGAUGGACCCUAGCAAGGUGAAUGUGAGUGGCGGUGCGAUCGCUUUAGGGGACCCCAUCUCUGCCACGGGGGCUAGGAUGGCCACACAUCUUGUGCACGAGCUCAGUCGUCGCAACUUAAAACGAGGGGUUGCCGCGUCCAGCUGUGGAGGAGGUCAAGGCGUAGCAAUUUUGUUGGAGAAAAUGUAACCCAAAUAACUAUUGCCGUCUUUAUCGUGUUCAUAAUGAUGAAAAGAGACCAAGAUACAGUUUGAAGUGAUUUUAGAAUGUGGUAAAAUAAAUACAAGGUUUAUAACUAAAAAGGUAGGUAUAUUGAAUCAUCAAAUUUUUAAAUACAUAUUUAAUUAUUUAUAUUACUCAAAGCAGUCAAUAAACAGAGAGUAUUUACUAAACUGGGGCAGUGGUACUUUGCGCAACAUCAUAAUAUUAUUUUAAUGAUAAUCUACACAUUGACACAUUAUAAAAAAGUAACCAACGGUUUGAAGAUCUACAAUAAAUUGAUAUUAUAUGUAUA